AUGAUGACUUUUGAUGAAAUCCUUGGAAUAGUAUACCUGCUACCAACUGUAGUUGGAUUCCUUGGAAACUCUAUCCUCCUCUUCCUAAACAGCUUCAAUUUCCUCAAUGCCCAGAGAACAAGACCUAAAAACCUAAUUAUCAUCCAUUUGGCCUUUUCCAAUGCCACAGUGCUUCUCUUUAGAGGAAUACCUACUACGACAAGGCUUUGGAGGGUCAAAUGUUUCCUGGAUGAGACUGGGAUUAAAAUCAUAACAUAUAUCCAGUCACUAACACGGAGCCUGUCCUUGUGUAGCACCUGCCUCUUGAGUCUUUUCCAGGCCAUCACUAUUAGUCCCAACAACUCCAUAUGGGCACAUCUCAAAAUGAGAAUACCAAAGUCCAUCAUUCCAUGCCUUCUUCUUUGCUGGAUCUUCAAUCUACUAUUGUAUGUCAUAUCAUUUCAAUACCAUAGUAGUGCAAAGAACAUAACAGAUAGUAAAUAUGGUUGCAGCAAUGGGUAUAAAUCUGUAGAUUUGAAUAAUGAAAAUAAUGUUAAAUUUUUAAUCAUAAUCUGUGUUUAUGAUGCUUGGUUUGUGUGUCUCAUGACCUUUUCUAGUGCCUAUAUGGUCUUAAUCCUAUACAGACACAAGAAACUUGUAAAUCAUCUUCAUAGUAAUAGCCUGUCCACAAAAGUAUCCCCUGAAACCAGAGCCACCCAAGCUAUCUUGCUUCUAGUGGGCAUCUUUGUUUUACUUAACAUAUUCAGUCCCAUUUUUGCUCUGUUUAUGUUCUAUUUUAAAUUCAUAAGCACUUGGAUGAUACAUUCUUCAACAUUUCUGUCUCUGUGGUAUCCAACAAUCAGCCCUUUUAUUCUGAUCACCACUGAUAACCAGAUCCCCAGGACUUGUGUUCAUUGA